ACCAUCUCGAUGAGGAAGUAGUCCAUCGCGGCAGCGUCUAUUUGUCGAGUGGGAGGAUCUGCGAGACCCGCAAGUCCCGGAAUGGACGAGCUUGAUGCUAUCGUUGCCAGGGGGUUUUGUACUGAUGCUCUGGACAUAGCUGUGGAGGAGUUUGGACAGACGCGGUGGAUGGGUGGGAGAUGGUCGGGGGCGCUGUGGCACUGGCACCAACACUGGCGAGGUGCAGCCACUGGCGCUUCGCCUUCAGACCCCGACCUCGACGUCUGACGACCUCUCUUACCUGCUCUCGUUGUAAUCUCGGUGCCUCGAACCCGGGGCGGAUGAAAGUCACGACCUUAUAGCUGCCUACGACUCGCCGACAAUGUCCGGCCUAUCCUCCUUGUUUCCCGCCAGACUGCUGAGCUCGAUGCAUACGCAUCCUCGCGACAGGACGUCUGAUCCUCUGGCUCGCCUCCGCUUCGCUCUCGAGACGAUGCCUGGCUCACGGAAAUACGUCUUUACGCCUGCGACGCGUGCUGAGAUCCUCUCUGAACUCUAUGACGCGUUCUGGGGCCCCCAUGCACAUCUCUUUCUACCGACCACGCUCUCGAGUCUCCCCCCGCAUUCAACUCUUAACGAAGUCCAGUCUGCCGCCGGCCUGAAUAAGGAACAGCCAAUCAUCCCAGGAAGACCCUGUGGCUACAUAUUCAAGAAAGGAGAGGCAUGCUUUCGAUGCAAGAACUGUGCCCUCGAUGAUAGCUGUGUCCUCUGUUCACGGUGCUUCGAAGCGACCGACCAUACAGAUCACAACGUCAGCUUCUUCAUUGCCCAACAAUCCGGCGGGUGCUGCGAUUGCGGUGACGUCGAAGCUUGGCGUGCACCCAUCAACUGUCCACACCAUCCCCCAAAGGACGAGACGACCGAAUAUCUUAGCGCGUUUGCUCUGAGGACACUUCAAGCUACUCCUCGCGCUGCCGCAAGGGUAAUGAUAGGCCAGGACGUCCCGCCCGUUCGCGACUUUCCCUUCCGCGUCCCUAUCCCGCCAGAUCUGAGGGAUACAAUGGCGAGGACCGUCGCAUAUGCCCUCGAUUUCAUUAUCGACACCUUGGACUACUCUCCGGAUGACGCCAACCCUCCUGCGAGUGAGGAGGAGCUCCGUGCACAGCCUUCAGGUGAUCCUAUGCUCAGGGAUCAGUUCAGCGUAGUCAUCUGGAACGACGACAAACACUCGUUCGAGGAGAUCGUCCAACUGCUGCGCGAUAUGACGAACCGCACGAGGGACGAGGCCAAGGCGAUUGCAGACCGAAUCGACGACCAGGGACGCGAAGUGGUAGAAAUGCACAUCAACUCGACGCGCCUCUUGGAGAUGGCGCAGUCGUUCGCUCAUAUCGAUCUGGGCGUAACCGUUCGUCGAGCGUAUGACACGUUCCGAGAACAGAUUGCAAUGGUCGUUAUCGAAUGGCUACUCGACCUCACUCGCAGUCGGCUGCGAUCGGACACGCUGAUCCUGAGGGAGGUGGUCGCUGCAGAACUGCUUGCGCCCAGGAAGAACUACUCUUUGAUUUCCGCUCAUGACGCCUCGAAGUCCCUCGCCGAGAUUCAUGACCCUUGCCGCAUUGAUUGGUUGUUCCUGUAUCAUACCAGGCUAUGGAAGAAGCCGCGCCUCAAUCUAAAGGAAGUCUAUGCGUCUCUUCUCAGCUUAAGCCACGAGCACAAGCUAGCAGUCGCGUCCCAUUUCGCUAGUGUAUACCAUCGUAUCAUCGACGCCUAUCUACUCUUCGACCGCGAGGCAGAGACAUCAAUCAAGUACUUCGCUUUGCAGCUCUUCACGGUGCCAUCGGUCGCAUUGUAUAUCGUCCGCCAACAUAACAUCGUCUCCCGCCUAUUACACCUCAUUACCGCUUUCUUCACCAAUCAGAUACGGGACAAGCGCAUCGUCUACCCUGCCAGCCCCAACGCCGAAGUCGACGUCGACACGUUUCCCUUCAAAUCGAAGCGCUUCAUGCCUGUGUUCAGCGACCUGCGCUACCUCUGCCAUAACGAGCCCGUACAACAGCUCAUUGCCCACAACCGAGAGUUCAUCGCACAUUUCGCGAAGGUAUGCCAGAUCUUCAUGUGCGUGAACCCGAACAAGCGGGCAUCGGCGAACCACGUCGAGUACGAGGCGGACGCUUGGAUCAGCGUGUUCAACGUCACGCUCUCACUGUCCAGGGUGAUUAAAGUCUACGGGGAGGCCUUCUCUCGGGCCACUGUAUCGGAACUGGUCGCGGCGAUCACGACGGUCAUGCACCACAUCCUCGUCACCACGGCCGUAGCGGACGAACACCGAGACAUCACCAGAUUCCCUCCGGUGCUCUUCCACGACGUGACAUUCGCGGAUACGACGUACAGGGUCGUCGAUUUUGACGUCAUGGAGGGCUGGGUAAGCUUCCAUCACUCCUUGCAGUGGUUGCUUGCCGAGCUCUUCAAACAUGUCGACAUCCUGAGCGAAGACUCUCUGCGAGAAAUCGGGCUAAAGGAUUUGCGAGACGUUUGCCUUCGCAGCGCGAGCGAGCAGGCGAUCCUCACAAUCAUCGACUAUCCUUUGCGAGUUCUGGUCAUGAUUGCACAGAUCCGUACGGGGCUCUGGGUCCGCAACGGCUUUGCCAUCCGAGGGCAGCUCAUGCAUUACCGCGACUUCAUGUUGCGACAGCUAUGCUACGACCAGGACCUCUUCAUUCUGCAAACGGCUUUGGUGAUCCUCGGUCCGAAUCUGGUCCUCAUCAGCAUACUCGACCGAUUCCAGCUCUUGGGCUAUUUCUCGGGAGCCACCUAUCACCCUGUAUACGAAACUGCCAAUCUCCCCGGCAUGGUUGAAGAGAUGCUCUACAUCAUCAUCACGAUCCUCACAGAGAACGCCAGCGCUACCAAGAUGUCUAUCCAGAAUGCUAUUCGGCGCGAAGUCAUACACGCACUUGCCGUUGGCCCGUGCACCUUCACCGAUCUGAGCAAACGCCUGUCCGAGCGCAUGGUGGAAGACGUCUCUUUCGAACGUGUCGUUCGCCAGGUCUCGAACUUCAAACCUCCGGAGUCAAUGACAGACUCCGGCACGUACGAAUUGAAGGACGAGGUUUUCGAGGAAGUCAACCCGUUCUUCUACCAUUAUACCCGGAACAAGCGCGAAGACGUGGAAACCGUCUUGCGGAACCGGCUCAAGAGGAAGACUGGCGUCGAGAACCCGGUCCUGACUCCUAGACCCCUCGACUUCGGUACCGGACCCUUCUCAGCAAUCCCGUCGAUCUUCGAGUCCGAGGUCUUAUUGCAGACCAUCUUCUAUGGCAUAUACAACAUCAUCUUGAUCACCGACGCAGAAGGGACAACUCCUCCAUCUUCCGAGGCUAUCCUAGACCAGCUCGUGCAUUUGAUCAUGGUGGCAAUCACUGAGAGGCCCAAGGUCUUUAGUGGCAUCGCCGUGCGGAAGGUCUUCGAGGACGAGCAGUCAUUACUCGAUGUUUUGUGCACCUUCGAGCAUCAUGACAAGUUCAAGCCCUACCAUGCCCGCGCAAGUUGGAUCCUGGACUGCUUGGAGAGCCACGAGCGAGAAUCCGUGCGCCUUCGUAGGCGUCUGGUGGAGGAUCGCCCCGACGCGAAUGCUGAUUCAGCCAAUGCGAAGAAAAAAGCGGCGAAGGCUAGGCAAGAGGCCAUCAUGCGACAGAUGAAGGCUCAGCAAGCAAGCUUUGCUAACAACUUUGAAGACCUCGAUGACGAUGAGGACGAAGAUAUGGGUGAGACACCCGAGGCGCCGGUCUCGUAUGGAACAUGUAUCGUCUGCCAAGAGGAGCUCAACGCCACGAAGGCGUUCGGUUCCCUCGCGUUCUUGCAGCCGAGUCGGUUCUUACGACGUCAUCCGGACGGGCAUCAUGUUUACACCAAUGAAGCCGUACUCUGCCCGGACUCUCUCGAUCGUGUUUCGCCCAGCGAUGCAAACCUCGUAUUCCCGCCACCUGCCUCUGACAUGAGGAACUCGAAGAACCGCGCUCACAGCUUCGAUGCUUUCCCCUCUCAAUAUACACGGUUCGGUCUACACUCGUCAAUCUGCACGCAUAUGAUGCAUCUGGAGUGCUUCACCGUCUAUAGUGGUUCAAUCAGGCAACGACACCGAGCGCAGGCGACCAGGAAUCAUCCGGAAAGCAUACCGAGGAAGGAGUAUAUCUGCCCUUUGUGCAAGAGUCUCGGAAACGUCAUUCUCCCCGUCGCCAACGCGCCGCUCAGCACUGAGCUCAAUGGUCUGCCUUUCACGGAGUGGACCAGAGCGGCUGGAAUCAGCAUCCUGAAAUCAAAAGCGGAUCCAGUGUUGGAGGGGCUGCAGUUCCGCAAUGGUUCCGGAGAGUUCGUGUUCUGGGCUGCUCAGGAUCCCGCGUACCAAUCCUUUCAGCGCUCUCCGGAUCAGAAGGACCCCAUGGAGGUGCACAAAAUGGUCGAUACCAUCAUGGUCGUGGCGAGGAACGUCUCUCAGCAAAGCCGACAUCUACGGGACCGCCCGGAACCAGAGCCGGGCGACCGCGGAGCGGGGGUCUACCUUCCAGAGGACUUGGUUGGGUAUACCAUUGCGUCGAUGGAGGUCGCCCAACGAGGCUCAGGAACUCCGGGCCGCAUGGUACCAGAUGCCAUUCCAGAGGCGCAGAUGCGCAUGAUACGAGGUCUCGUAACGUGUCUCACCAAGCUCGUUGCGCUGAACUUCAGGAAUAGACCUGACGAGGGCCGGGAUUCCAUGCGCCACGCCAUCAUGAAGCGGCUACUACCAGAAUGGAGUCGUGGGUCACUUACAUCGUUCACGUAUCCCUUGCUCCUCCGCGACCCGUUCACCAUUCUGGUGGAGACGGCGGCCGUCGCCCCAGACAUGCUCCGGCAAGUCCUCAUCCUCGCAUACUACGCCUGCCUCGCGCGGACCGUCAUCGGCCUGGUCUACAUCCUCAACAAGACGCGCAGUUACCACGUCACCGCGGUUCCCCGGCGCCGGCAUACGGACCUCUUCGGCGACGUCCGCAUGUUCUUCAUGUCGGUGGUCAGGCAUUCGCCAGUGUUCGAGCAGGCUGGAGACCUGGUCUGUCAAGCGUUUGGCGAAGCACGCAUAGAGAAGCUGCUCUACAUGUUCACGCUCCCGUUCCUCCGCAGAGCAGCUAUCCUGUGCCGCGCCAUGCUACCCUCGGCAUUCCCCACGCCUGAGGCCACGGAGGACAUCUCCGAGUACAAACGACUGCUGACGAUGCUGGACAUCCCUCCGCUGUCCGAUCUGCCCAACCAAGACACUCUGCAGACCGCACUGUCGGUGUGGUGUCAACACUACGGGACAUCACACGCUGCUUCGCAGCUGAACUGCGGAGUCGUUCUGGACUACCCGGUCGUCUACCGCCUUGCGAAACUUCCAAUGGUGCUCGACCAUCUGUACUUCGACCAGGACAAAAUUAUGAUGUGCCAGCGCUGCAAGACGGUCCCGCUCGACGCGGCGAUUUGUCUCAUAUGUGGCGCGACAUGUUGCCUGCAGAGCCACUGCUGCGUCGAUUACGAGAAUGGGGCCCGGGGAGAAUGCAACAUGCAUACGCGAGAAUGCGCGGGGCCCAUUGGGGUUUAUUUCCUCGUCAAGCGAUGUUCCUUGCUGUAUAUCUACGCGAACAACGGGGCGUUCGCACAGUCGCCGUACCUAGAUAUGCACGGCGAGGUCGAUGUAUCCAUGAGGCGAGGCAGAAGGCAGUACCUGCAUCACGCGAGGUGGGAAGAAGUCAGGAAGGUGUGGCUGAACCACGGGGUGCCCACCCUGGUCGCUAGACGUCUGGAAAGCACUGUAGACUGCGGGGGCUGGGAAACACUGUGAAUGUAUGUAUUGACGAUCGCACCCAUAGACUGUCGCCGCAAGGGAGCACUGCAUUUGUACUGUGUAGCAUGUAGCAUGUAUUGUAUGGAAUUAUUGUAGCUAAUCGUGGCUCCCUCCCUUUGACUGCCAGUUACGCCUUCGCGCAUUCGCGUGCCUUGCAGAGGCGCUCCACUACCCUCUCACGACCAAGCACGGCCAUGAUCGGCACGACACCAGGGCCCGCCUACAAGGGAUUGUU